AUAAUCGAUGUUGUAUGACCAGCAUAAACCCUAACAAAACCCUGUUUGAUGAUUUCUAAUAGAAUCAAAGUAGAGCAAAGAUCCGAAAGUAGGAGAAGAAAUGAGUGGAACACCCGAUUUCUUCUACAGAGAAGCUCAGCGCCUUGGUUAUGUUGCCCGCUCUGCCUUCAAGUUGAUUCAAAUGCAGAAGCAGUACAAAAUUAUAACCCCUGGUUCGUCUGUUCUUGAUCUUGGUUGUGCCCCUGGUGCUUGGCUUCAGGUGGCUUGCCAGAAUUUGGGUCCGUUGGGAAAAGGUGGAGUAGUUGUGGGAAUUGAUGUUAAGAAGGUGAAGGUUCCUUCGAUGCACUGUGAUGGAAGGGUGAAAACUGUUUCUGCAGAUGUAAUAAACCUACCAACAAAGCAAAUUAGAUCACUCUCUCCUCAGCAAAAAGGGUUCUCAGCGAUACUAUCAGAUAUGUGUCCGUCAGUAUCUGGAAUAACAAGUAGAGACGCAGCUUUAUCCGCAGAACUUGCUAUGCGAGCACUUGAUUUGGCAGUGGGUGGUGGUGCAGCUGCUAUUGACCGCGGCCCAGUAGUAAAUGAUGAUGAUGAUGAUUAUAAUGAUAAUGAUGGUCUGUUAAAACCCGGAGGUAACCUCAUCAUUAAGCUUCUCCAAAGUGAAGAUGUUAAAGAAUUCAACAAAAUAUGCAAACCGCUGUUUAGAAAGGCGUCAUGGUUGAGGCCUAAAGCAACUAGACCAUCUUCUAAGGAGAUUUAUUUGAUUUGCCAGGGCUUGUUGCCACCAUUACAAACAUGAAUGAAUGACCCUUCUAGGCUACACACCAAUUACUGCUAGUUUUAGCAAGAAAUAUACAUCAAUGUGCUCGCUCAUUCUUUAUUUGCAGUAGAGCUCCCUGAAAGUUAUUGCACAAUUGUGGAGUCAGAUGAGUGCCAUGAAAUUUCGCCACAAAAUUUUAAUCUUCAGGUUGUAACAUAUGGUUUUUUUUUUCAUUUAUGUAGGUGGCUAAUUUUUUUUUAUCUUUAAUCUAAAUUAAUUCAUCAAAACAUUUGUGGUUUUCUAUUUGUAUUCAAGGGUAAUUUAGAUACAAUUUAAUUUAGUCAUUCAUGAGAAGUUAGUUAUAUUUAUAAGAAGAUGUUUUGAUGA